UCGAGUCUUAAAAAAACGUGCUUCGGAAUGGCGAGUCUCUCGAAUCCUAACCUCUCCACUCGCCAUUCGUAAACCCGAAAUGCCGCCACGUGAUGGCCGGCUCCUUUCCCGCGUUACGUCCGCGUGCACAUGCGCACGGCCGACCACGUUUUCAGUAGUCGUUCCGAUGCCAACGGAGAGAACACGCCGGCGAACGUUCCUCCAUGCCGGAAAACAGAUUUUUCAAGACUAUCGUCCGAAGUAAAUGCACUUUCAAGGUGAAGGAACUCAGAGGUGAUUUUUCUCAUUGAUGCGAACUCCACCGCGACGCCCUAUCGCGAAGCAACCCUGAUAUCGAUCCAUCGGUUUACUGAUAACCACACCGCGCAACGCACGCGAGUUGCAUAAUUCUUGGGAGAAUACCACUCUUGUCAAGACUAUCACGUAAGUCGGGGUAAAUCGGGGACGGACGAUAGGAAAGAUCAUUUUACAAUUAUUUGCAAAGCCUUGCACGUAAUUCCGCCGACGUCUUUUCGGAGCCGAGCAGAAACCGAAGAAGUCCGAUGGGACUUUGAUAAAGCAAACGCAAGACAAUAAUUUGCAAAUUACGAUGGUCAUGUGACACAUCCUUGAAAAUAAAACCGGAGCGUUAUUGCAACGUUCAAUCUGGCCUCGACACUUUAUUCAGAAUAUCAUGAACGUGAACUCUCGAAAUUUUGAGCCGAGGCAACCCAGGCCGUCAUUAUCCAAUUUUUUGGAAAAAUAUCUAGGAUGGCUGCGACUGAUCACGGUGGAACCCACAAUGUGGCUCUACAUGAUGGCAUUCAUGGUCACAUCGGUAGUAGAACAAGCCUUUUUUCUCCACAAGUCUUGCCGAGUUAAUCACGGAUUCUCCGAGGAAGUUUGCAAUAAUCUGAAUGCCAACUCGACGAUAAAAAAGCAGGUUCAGAUCACGGUCUCGGACUUUCACCAAUGGAACAACAUAGCCGAACACAUAGUGCCGAUCAUUCUGGCCUUGUUUUUCGGAAAUUGGAGCGACCGUCGAGGCAGAAAAAUGCCGAUAGUCGUGGGCCUAAUUGGAAAAUUGAUCUACUCGAUGAUGAUCGUCGUGAACUCCAUGAUCGAUUCCUGGGAUCUCAACAUGGUCAUUUAUACCGCCAGCUUGCCGAUGGGAUUUCUCGGCGGUGAUGUGGCGAUAUUUGGGGGCUGUUUCGCAUACAUAUCAGACGUAUCCUCCGUAAAACAAAGGACUUUCAGGGUCACCAUUUUAGACGUUGUAUACCUCAGCACAAUGCCCACUGGAAUCGCCCUGGGCUCGUACCUCUUCAACAGUGUGGUCAGCUCCUCGUACACGAUAAUGUUUCUCAUCAACUCGUUCCUACUCGCCAUGGCGAUUUUGUAUUCAAUUUUAAGACUGAAGGCACAGACGACUUCGCGCCAGAAGCCGCUCGAUGGAGCUAAUAUUUUCCUCGACUUCUUCGACCGGAAACACGUGGCGGAAACUGCAAGAACCAUGCUCAAGUCGAGGCCUAACCACGGAAGACUCUAUUUAUGGAUACUUAUGGUGGCCAUGAUGCUCUACACCUUCCAGAGAGAUGAGAAACCCAUGAGCUAUCUCUACACCCAACUCAGGUUCCAUUGGGAUGUCAAAGCUUUCAGCCAAUUCAGGACCUUCCAGUCGGCACUUUUUGUCGUCGCGGUCCUGGUUGGCGUACCAAUAAUGAGCAAAUUUUUGAAAAUGAGCGACUGCAUUAUCAUAGCAGUCGGUGCCUGUUCCCACGCUCUGGGAAGAGUCAUCUUCGCCCUGGCGAAAAUUCCUCAACUUUUUUACGCAGGAGCUGCCGUCGCGGCUCUUGGGCCAGUGGUCGCUGCUGCUUUGAGAUCCAUGACUUCUAAAGUGGUCCCGAUACAAGAAAGGGGAAAAGUUUUCGCCAUGCUCGCAGUCUGCGACAACGCGGUGCCAUUCUUUAGUGGAAUAUUGUACUCUCAAUUGUACAAUGCAACCAUCAGUACAAUGCCGAAUUCGAUUUAUUGGCUGACUUUCGGCACUCAGGUCGCAGUGCUGCUGCUCAUACUAGUGAUCUACUUUUCACCGGACUCCAAAUAUCUGGAAGAGGAAUCUUUUAUCGAGAACAUGGAGAGGAACGACAGCCUACGUGCGGAAACUUCCACUCCUGAUUCCCAAAAAAAUAACACGAUUUAACAAAUACAGUAAUUUAGUACAAAAACUAGAAACUGAGAAAAAGACUUAAUCGGACCAGAGAAAUCUUUCCUUGAACGGUACCAAAGAAAUAUUUUCAUAAUUUGGGGAAUAAUUUGCCUCAAAUAAACUGGAAUAAAUUCCAUGCAAAGUUUCUUCGGAAUCGUGACAAUUCCAGUGAGUUUAUUUCAGUCUAAUAAUUAUUCUUUGGAUUGACCAGAUAUUUCUUUGGCAUUAUUUAAUAACAUAUUUCUCUGGCUCGAUGAUUUUUCCUCAGCGUACAAUUGAGAUAGGUAGGAUCUUUUAAAUUAUUAAGACUCCUGCAAUGGAAUUGCUCGAAUUGUUAUCACUUAAAUCAUUCCCUUAGGUGAAUUAACGUCGAAGUAUUUCUUUUCGUUGUUACAGUACGCCUUCUCAGCGUACUUCAUGUCACAUCAUCGACAAAGAAAAACAUAAUAAUUUUCCCUCAAUUAUGGGUCUGUAAUCCCAUUUUACCCAGUUGAAAUAUACAUUUUGUAUAACA